CGCUUCUAUCACAUUGGCUCUUCGUGUUCCGUCAAUAAAGCAGAAUGGUGUCGCUCCCUCCCGCACACUGCUUGUUUUCCCCAUAUCGGACUCGGCAGCGCUGUGGCGCUACACGUUGUUUUUGUCUCCAUAAUAUUUUCAUAUGUUGUGCAUUUGUCAAUUUAUGCACUGCGGUGCUCAAACCUAAGGGGAUCAGCGGGGUUAAUGGACGCUUGCUCUGUUCCGUUGGAUUUUAACGAAUUUACAGCGGCAAGAGGACUGAAGCCAGUAGCUUUCUCAGGCAAUCCCAGUCAUGACCUCACUACGCACCGUCAAUGCAUUGAAUGAGAUUUCACGUCGGUCCUAGUUUUGCCUGUGUGUCAGCGAACGUUGUAAACGAGAGCAGUUACUUCCAAUCUUCUUCGAUGACGAUCUGAAUGAAGAUUUGCUUUGGUUCACACCAAGAAAUCACACCACGCAUCUGUUUGACCCAGGUUAAACCCCAAGCCACUCGCGUUUAAGAGGCCUGGGGAUGGGGGCAAGCAAGAGCAAGCACAAGAACCCAGGGCAGCGGUCCCGGAGUUUGGACGGCACCAUCGGCAGCAGCGGCGGCGGGUACCGCCAGAGCCCCGCCCAGCAGACCAUGACACCCAACCGCAGCCCCGCCGUGGACGGGACCCGGGGCGGCAGCCGUCACCACGUCAACAGCGCGGAGCUGGCGCUGUUCGGGGGCGUGGAUCACAUGGGGGGCUACAACUCCCCCCAUAGGGCCGGAACCCUCGCAGGAGGGGUCACUACUUUUGUGGCACUGUACGACUACGAAUCACGCACAGCCUCAGAUCUCUCGUUCAAGAAAGGCGAUCGACUGCAGAUAGUCAACAACACGAGAAAGCUGAGCAGCAGGGAAGGUGACUGGUGGCUAGCUCGUUCCCUGACUACGGGCGAAAGUGGUUACAUUCCCAGCAAUUACGUAGCACCUUCAGACUCCAUCCAAGCAGAAGAGUGGUUCUUCGGGAAGAUCACCCGCCGGGACUCGGAGAGGCUGCUCCUGAGCCUGCAGAACCGGAGAGGGACGUUCCUGGUGAGAGAGAGCGAGACCACCAAGGGUGCCUACUGCCUGUCCAUCCUCGACUACGACAACACAAAGGGCCUCAAUGUCAAACACUACAAGAUCCGCAAGCUGGAUAACGGAGGUUUCUACAUCACGUCCAGAACCCAGUUCAACAGUCUGCAGCACCUGGUCAGCCACUACCGCAAGCACGCAGACGGGCUGUGUCACAACCUGACAGAGAUCUGCCCCAUCCUGAAGCCCCAGACCCAGGGGCUGUCCCGGGACGCCUGGGAGAUCCCCCGUGAGUCCCUCAGGCUGGACGUGAAGCUGGGACAGGGCUGUUUCGGGGAGGUCUGGAUGGGCAUGUGGAACGGCACGACGCAGGUGGCCAUCAAGACGCUGAAGCCGGGCACCAUGUCGCCUGAAGCCUUCCUCCAGGAAGCCCAGGUGAUGAAGAAGCUGAGGCACGAGAAGCUGGUGCAGCUGUACGCCGUGGUGUCCGAGGAGCCCAUCUACAUCGUCACCGAGUUCAUGGCCCAAGGUAGCCUCCUGGACUUCCUGAAAGGUGAUGCGGGCCGGAUGCUCCGCCUUCCUCAGCUGGUGGAUAUGGCAUCACAGAUUGCGGCAGGGAUGGCUUACGUGGAGAGGAUGAACUACGUGCACAGGGACCUCCGGGCCGCCAACAUCCUGGUGGGAGACAGCCUGGUGUGCAAAGUGGCCGACUUCGGCCUGGCGCGGCUCAUCGAGGACAACGAAUACACCGCCAGACAAGGAGCCAAGUUUCCGAUCAAAUGGACGGCUCCGGAGGCGGCCCUGUACGGUCGCUUCACCAUCAAGUCCGACGUCUGGUCCUUCGGCGUCCUGCUCACCGAGCUGGCCACCAAAGGGAGAGUGCCAUACCCCGGGAUGGUGAACAGGGAGGUGCUGGACCAGGUGGAGCGCGGCUACAGGAUGCCGCGUCCGGCGGAGUGCCCGGAGUCGCUGCACGAGCUGAUGCUCAGCUGCUGGCGGAAGGAGGCCGAGGAGAGGCCCACCUUCGAGUACCUGCAGAACUUCCUGGAGGACUACUUCACCUCCACCGAGCCCCAAUACCAGCCCGGGGAGAACCUAUAGAGGUUCCCCGGGUGUCCCCAGGCAGGGAGCAGAGGAGUUCGCCAGAGAGCCGUCCAGCCACCCCCCUCACCACCCUGACGCAUCCCCCCCUUUCGGUGCCUGGCAGGCGCCAAAGGGGGCUCCCACAUGCGCACAUGCACAGUGGUUUACCCCUUAGUCCGAAUGGCUCCACGCUGCUGGAGUACGCACGUCCACCACGGCUCAGUCUGGGGCCCGCUUCGAGGUCAGCAGAACAUGCACUAAAAUCAGGAAAUGCACCCCGGAUUUUCUCCCCAAUCAAUACAAAUAGAUGAGUAAACCAAUGACCAUAAAGAUUUUUGGAAGACCUUUGUUUUUUUUUAAUCCAUGAUGAGUUUUAAGAGCUUCCACUUUAUUUUAUUUUCUUUUCUCCUGAUUUAUUUUGGUACUAUUUUCUUUCUGGAAAAAAAGACACCUCAUUCACUACCCUGUGGUUUUCAUGGAAUCCAAUUUUUUUAUAAAUAUUUUUUUUUACCCUGGAUUAACUGGAAUGUGGAAUUAAUAUGAUAAACUUGAGUAACUGACAUAUAGCUUGGUCAGCUCAAUACAUACAUUUUGCAGCUGAAGCUGAUGGAAAGGGGCGGGACUAGAGGCUGUGAUGAGACCACUUCUGAAACUCUUGAGAACACUGAAAUGCAAGAAAUUAUUAUUAUUAUUUUUUUUUACAAAAAGGCCCGAACUGCCUGAGACUCUUGAAAAGCAUUUAUUUUCUUGCAAACUACUGAUUGCCCAGUCUCAUUUUUCAGGACCUGUUUCUUUAUUUGUGCCAAUGAAAACCAUUUUGUACUCUCAUUGUGUAUAUAGUGUACUUUCAUUAUUCUAACUUUAUUAUCAAAUUCAGUGCGCAAGGCCACAAAGUAAUGUCAGAUUGUCCAAAAUGUGCAAAAUCAUGGACAACCAUUUCUUGUAAAGGCACUCUACAUUGGCAUUGCAUUAAGUGGACGAGUUCGUUUCUAGUAAGGGUUUUGCACUUGUGCUGACAUAAAGUACGAAUUAAAAGGCCUGUUAUGGCAGGUUUUAUGUAUUUUUCCUAUACCAUUUAUGCAAAAUGAUUUGGCAGAUGUGUGCUGGAAGAUUUUGUCGCUAUACUAUUGCUCAUAGUCCUUAACCAAGUUACCAUUAUUGUAAUCAGAAGUAGGAAAAACAAGCAGGAAUAAGGGUCUAUCGCUACUUUUUCCUCAGCAAUAUUUUUGUGUAUUUAUUUCAAAUUUAGGAUCUGAGUGAGAUAGGGAUAUGGGUUACAAUGCUCGACAUGAAGAAGCUGCCGUUUGCCUGUGCCAUACACUGCCAUACGUUCAUCCAUGUGCCCAUUCCUCAGUGUGAAAGGCAGUUUUGAAGUAUAUGGUACAUAUGUUCAAAAAGAUUGUCAAAAUGGACAAUCUGCUUCUUCCUGAACCUUUGUAUACUGGAUAUACUAUCUUUCAGAAAUUGUAAUUAUCUGUGCCAAUUUUGUUUCCUGGGUAUUAAUGAGACUCCUAUCAUAAAUGUAUCCUGUUGCUGCACUGAGAUGUGGAUUGAGGUCAUUUCCUAAGGAGGCUCUCAUGCCGUAUUGGGUGAAGGGUAAUUCUGAGACCUUGAAGUUUUCUCAUUGCUUCUAAUUUUUUUCUUUCUUGUAAAUUUAAGUCCCAUUAAGUACAUUUUCAACAUUCAAUAACAGGCAAAAGCAUCUUUAUAUUUUAAAUAGAAAUCACUGUUUUUCAUAAGGUUAUAGAAGGAUCGUAGCAAUUUGUAUGGCUUACAAGAUAGAAAAUGGAUGUUUACCUGGAUUUGUUCUCAAUUAGAAUAUUUUUCCAUAACAGACGAGCCAUGUGACCGAGGAAAUACAUUUGGGAGUAAAGUAAGCAUUUUAAUGCACAUAUUUCUGGUUCUGUGUGGAGAAACUGCACUGUAUGUAAACCCCAAAGGAACGCAAUAUGCUUUGUACUUUUUCAGGUGGGGGCGUGUCCAGAUAAUCUAAUACAAGAAUGGAGUUUCAAACCUCAGUAAAAACAAGUAGUGCAGCAGUACAGAUGGCAAGAAUUAUUCAGGUUUUUUACUCCAAUUUUUGGAUGACUUCUGGCAGUGUACAGUUAAAUAUUAGCUCUAGCCCUUUCAUAAGUGCCAUUUGAGGUGUAAACAUUGAAUUGGUGGCAGUGGCUUGUAAAUAGUCAAUGCUAAUGACUUCUUUGCCAUAUAUCCUAAUUUAUUCAUAAAUUUCACUUUCAGGAAAACCAUGGUACUUAUUCUCAUUUUGGUUUUCCGCUCUCUUUUUUAUUUUAAACCAGGUAACACCACAUAGGCUAGCAGUUGAAGGCUAGAGGUUAUUUAAGAAUUUGGGCUCUUAAUAAACCAAAGGUUGAAGGUUUGAUUCUCAGGUGGGGCACUGCCACCAUACCUGUGAGCAAAGUUAAUUUAUUCUGCAAAAAUAUUAUAGUCACCCUAGGUAAGAGUGCCUACUGAGAAAAUAAAUAAUGAGGAUCCAUUGGACAUCCCAAAUCAAAAUAGGGCAAAGAUUUGGAUCUACUGUUAGUCGUUUAAAGAGGGAGAUCACUAUGUGGGUUAUUUUUUUAUAUCAAUUUAUUUUUGUCCUAUUUCAGUUUUAAAAUAUGUUUUUGAUGACUUAGACUUUUUGUGUGUGAUGCAGGAUAUUAGAACUAUGUACAGAAAUUUCUGAUGACUUGUCAUGACCAGGGCUGUCGGGUGAAAGUUUUGGGCCCGGGACAAUAAUAUUUUCCACAAGUUUACAGAUCAUUUCCCCCCCUCCAGGGCCCAGGACAGUGUACCUGGUUGUCCCCCCAUCAUGGUGGCCCUGGUCAUGACAUUGGCUGCCAUUAAGCAUUCAGGGUUUUGUGGUCUAAAGUAAAAAUAUAUACAUCCAGAAAUUCCUAGGUAGCUUGUACAGCAAUGCUGUGUUUCCAGAGGUUAUAUUUAUGAACAGAUAAACUUUAUAGUGUUCCAUCACAAUUGCAAUCAUAAAUAUCCGUUCUUAUAUUAUGUAAGUAUUUCUUUCUUGGGUUGAAUGUGUCAUAAUAAGUAGUUCCAAUCACAAAUUAUAUUAAAUAUGAUUUAAAUACCACCUUUGAAAACAUAACAUCCCUAUACAAACUGUUUUGUAGAUAGUUUAAGUGUGUUUUCUUUCUUUAGACCACAAACCCCUGAAAACCCAUCAGCGUUAUUAUAAGGUUGGUAGGUCACUAGAAACUUUUAUAAAUGUAUGAAAUAUCCUUCAUUGCACAGAGUAACGGUCUGGGCCAAUCAAAACAUACACUGAAACCAAGAUGAUAUUUUUUUAAAACCCAGAAAGUGAACUUUCCUUUCAAUGUUAUAUGAAUAGCAGGAGAAUAAUUCCCACAUAUCUCCAAGUCCUUAUGGGCUGAAAUGCCAGCUUUACUCUAAACUCCGAGAAGGAUGGAAAAGGACAGGAAAAAACAUUUACUUUAUGUUAUUCUACAUGUGGGUAGUUGGGCUGGUAAAGUCCUUCUUUUAGAAUAGUGUGACAAGCAACUAAUUAAUUUGUCUUUCAAGUAACUACUAUCAUAUAUUCAGUUUUACACAAGCUGCAUUGUAUUUUGGAUUAUUUAAAUGUUACUCUACUCAUCUUCAUGUCUAUAUUAGUAAAGUAAUAUUACAGUUGUUUAUGGAAAAUCCUCCAAAAUUUUAUCUGGACCUUAAUUAUAAUGCAGUUUGGCCAUUUAAUCAUUUGCCCCUUUGUGUCUUCUAAAACCAUCGAUUUAAUUAGUGCCAAGGACUCUGGUUUGGGUCACUUCACCAUAUCUGAGCCUGUGUCUGUUUUCUAAAGCUAUGCAGUUUCUGGUCUGUGCCAUUCCUCUAGCUAAUUUUAUUUUACAUAAUAAUUAGAUCUCAGAAGAAUUAUGAGGUUUUGCAACUAUUUUAUGUUGAUUUUGCUCUCUGAAAUGGAUCAAAACAUACCUUUCUGGCUAUAAUCAGCCACCUUGUGUUGUAAUCUUUAAAUGUGCAAUAAAUUAUGUUUCAGAAGCGUUGUUUUGCUUUUCAGAAGGGCAACUAUUUAAUGGGUGAAUGUUGAAAUAUGGAUUGGAAUUCCAGCUCUAUAGUCUUAAUAUAUGUGUCUGUGCCUACUUGUAAAUACUGAGUGUAGUCCAACCGAUAACAACUAGUGGAUAUGUUUGCAUUAUAGAUUACUGAAUUUAUUCUUUCAACAUUUUACCCCAUAGUUGUUCUUUUGGCUGUAAUGCAGAUAUUCUUUUUUAAAUAAACUAAUACAUGAGAGGAUCUGGA